AUGGAUCAAAAAUUGACCUUCUUUUUUGUAUUCAUCAUCUCCAUAUUCAUCACAACUAACUUUGUGAUCUCUCAGACUUCUGAUUGCAUCACAGAUAUUCAGCUUUAUUCAUCUUGGAGUGACUCAAAUUGCAUAGAAGGCAAUUGGGGUGGGUUUUUGAGCCACAGCUGCUGUGGAUUAGCUUUUGAUGGAUAUCUCUAUGCGUUGGCACACCAUGCCAAUCAAACCGGACUUAUAUUCCUGAAUUCCACGGAGCAAAAGGACUGUUUAGCUUCAAUGAAGAGUAACGAAGCAGAUGUUUUGAGCUGUGGUGCGGAGAAGCUGAUCAGUGGAGCUGGUGGCUGCUCUGACUAUUCUGUUUCGGAUGUUGUCAAUAACCUCGGAAAUAGAUUGACAAGUUUGGGCAAAGAUUGCAAGGUUUUGGGGAAAGAUAAUCAGUCAGAUAAGGGUUGCAGUGAUUGUUUGAGGAGGUGGGAAGAAAUGAGUGCCUCAUCAACUAGUAGCAAAAUGAGGGUUGAAUCAGACAUUUGUAGGUUUGCAGUGCUAAUUACAUUCACAAGCAAAAGGAUUGAUGAUGAUACAUGGGUUAAGGCACUUUAUGUAUGUCUUGGGGAGCAAAGCCUUCCAAGUGCCUCUUCGACAUCUUUUGUUUUGUUUAUUAUACUUAAACUUUGGACAACUUUCUUGAUGGUUUCAGGUUUAUGGAUUCUGAUAGGAGGUAUUGGAGGGAUUAUAAUAAUAGUGAUUGUUGCAUCAUGGAUCUUGUUCAGAAAAUCAAUAAAAGCCAAACUGCAAAAGGAGGAAAAUGCAUCGGAAGAUUCACCACCUGAAGAAGCCAGCUCUCUUAAGAUAUCGAUUAAGGAAAUUUAUAAUGCUACGAACAAUCUUAGUAUGUCAAACUUCAUCGGCCAAGGAAUAGCUGGAAAGGUGUACAAAGGCAUACUGUCAAAUGGUCAGGACAUUGCAGUUAAGCAAAUACUCGAUGAUGGACACAUGGACACAUUCAUCCGCGAAGUUACAAGCCUCUCACACGUCAAACAUCCGAACCUGGUAGCUUUGCUAGGCCAUUGCGAGGGAGAAGAUGAGUGUUUUCUUGUUUACGAGCUGUGUCACAAAGGGAACCUCUCGGAAUGGCUAUUUGGUAAAGAAAAAAAUCUAUCUUGGAUCCAAAGAAUUGAGAUUGCAAUAGAUUGUGCUAGAGGGCUCUGGUUUCUCCACACAUAUCCCGAAGGCUGCAUUGUUCACCGCGACAUUAAGCCAACGAAUAUUCUUCUCUGCUCUAAUUUUCAAGGGAAACUGUCAGACUUUGGGUUAUCCAAAGUUAUGGACUUGGGCCAGUCCUUUGUGAGCUCAGAAGUAAGAGGAACAUUUGGUUAUGUCGAUCCUGAGUACCAAGACAACCGCCAUGUUAAUGCCUCAGGCGACGUUUACAGCUUUGGAAUGGUACUUUUACAACUUCUAUCGGGUCAGGGGGUUAUUAAUCUGGAUCGGAAGAGACCAAUGCCUAUCGAUAAAAUGGCAAAAGUCCUUACAAGAGGUGGGAAUAUAACAGAAUUUGCUGACUCGAAGCUCAAUGGGGAGUACUCGGUCGAAGCUUUUGCAUUCAUCCUCAAGUUAGCUUUGUCAUGCACAGGGCCUAAGCAGCAAAGGCCAUCAAUGGAACAAGUGGUUGCAAGACUAGAGAAGGCUCUUGACAUUUCAACAACACUGAAUUCUACACGUCCUAGUCCUAGCACUACAUGAAAU